AUGAUGAUCCCAGAUGGAAAGAAUUCAUUCCCAAAAUUACUAGGAGACGAAAAGGAAACUAUGGCUAAGAAAAAAGGAAAGCAGGUCCUAAUUGCAGAUUCGAAGGAAACGCAAAAUCUUAUUAUGGGCAACGGAUUUAAGGAAAGACAAGGCAGUGGGAAAGCACAAUUGCAGUCAAGACAUGUAAAUUUUCAUAAACAAAUAAAGGGAGUCUGGAAGAAGCAGCAGCAGAAGCCGAAGAAGGAUAAUAACCCAAGUAAGGAAACAGUAGCUGUAUUCGGGAAAGAAGCAGAACCAGUCUUGGAAAGAGGGAAUAUUGAAAAGGAAAAUUCAAUUUUGAUCCUGGAAAAUGGGGAGCAUUCUGGUACAGUGAAUUCAAAUGAUAAUGGAAAGGGAAAUCCUCAUAAGGAAAGUGUUCCAAUUCAAGAUUUUGAGAAUCCUUCGUUUCCAAAUACAAACUUGGUUGUUGAGAUUGAAGAACAUGUAGAGCAAAAUGGUUGUGAUUUGCCCAAGGCCUCUACAGACGAUCAGGUCCAACAGAAUGGUGAUGUUCCGAUGACCCCAUUGCUUGUCAAUAAGUAUGCAGAACUGGAUCCAUUUCCCUCUUUAAUUGUAAAUUUACCAUUCCCAAGCAAAGCUGUGCAGCAUCCCACCUCGAGAGAGAUGCCUAAUUGUCAGCAUCCCUCUUUGGAUUCUACAUUUUUGGUGGAACACCAAUACGCCUGUCAAGAGGGUACAUUGAUUGUUAUGGAUGAUGAAUGUGGACUACAUCGUACAACGGAGCCACCAGAUAGGGGAUUUUAUUCAGAAGAUGAGCUUACUAGUAGGGGUGACGAAGGACUGGUUAGUGAUACUCAAGAAUUGGAAUCAGAUACGGAGCAAAGGCAAGAGCUUUCUGGAGUAGGUAACAUGGUGGCAGACUCAUUGGCUAAUCAGGGUGCUCUGACUAAAGUCUCUUCAACUUAUUCGUCUCCAGAUACU